GAAAGCUUUAGACUCAUUGAAGUGGGGUUCGGGGGAGGCUGCGUGUUCUGAGCAGUGGGGGGACAGCAGGAGGAGAAACACAGCAAGAGGCGCCUAUCAGAGCAGGGCAGGACUGUGGAGAGGCCUGAGGCCUGUAGAGAGGCCUCUACCAGAGCAGAGAGGCCUGUGGAGAGGCCUCUACCAGAGCAGGGCAGGCCUGAGAGAGUGGAGGAAGGAAAGAGAAGGAAAAGCCUUCCUGGAGCUUUGGAGGUCCGGGGUUGGAGGUUUGCAGACUGAGGUUUGCAGAACAACUAAUAAAGGUCUGGGCUGCCCAUUGGAGGCUUGGAAAUUUGGUGGUUGAGGCUAGCCCAGGACAAGGUAGUUGCAGGCACUUUUUCUGGCAUAAGUACUGUAAAUAAAAUUAUUUUGUCAUCUUUAAUCUUGCCUUGCUUGUCUUGCUCCCAGGUCAUAAUAGACAGGCACAAAGAAAAGGAGAGAAAGAAUAAAAUGAAGAUGGAACAACCCUUUAGCCAAGCUUGGACUGAAGAUGGUGCUGGGAUUCUGCUGCCAGAGAGAAGGGCUCCACAGGUCCCUGUACCUGGUGCACAUCUUCAUUCUUGCAGGAGCGGGGUACUACUAUUUCCAGAUGUACAUGGGGAAACCGGCGCUGGACUAUGAGAAUGCUGAGAAAUCAACACAGCCCAAAGGGGAGACCGUGAGGCCGGUGUGGGGGCUGAUGGAUAAGUGCUACCCGGCGCCCGCUCAGGCCUCCCCCCAGACCACGGCCCCCAAGGAGGAAGAAGCACAAAAUGAUACCACCCCGCAGGAAGAAACGGACAGUGUAUCUCAGGAGGAAGGGCAGGAAAAGAAAAUGGUCCAACAGGAAGUUGCAGUACAUCCAUCUGGCCCCAGGCUGCCUGGAGAGCAAGGGCAGUGCGCAGACCACACGCCACACUCUCCCUCCUGCCAACACAGGGCCUUGGCUGGCAGCCUGUGCUCUGCCCUGCGAAUGACCCGCAGUGCCCGCACCUCACACGGGCCCAGGGGGCAUGCAGGAAGGGUGGACCCUAUGGGGCCCCUGUCCUAGGGCGCUGAGGAGAGGCCGGGAUCCCUCGUGGAGAUGCUGCUGGCCCCAGCGAAGACAGCACUCAGCCUCCAGCUCUGAGUGGCCUGUUCUCCAGCCCAGCCUGUUUCCUAAAGGCACAGGAUGGACUCUGGAGGGCCUCGGACACCGCCCCUACCAGCCACUGUGAGAUGAAGACAGAGGGGGAAAGAGCACCCAGCUGUGGUGUGCAGAUUUCAGGUACCUGGGCUGGUACCACCAUGUCCCAAGCCGGGAGAACAAGAGAAAGCAAGCAUUUCUUAGGACAUUGUGUGGGACAGUCGGGGAGGGCAGCCAGGCAGGGGUGAGGCAGGGCUGUGGCUGUAGUGAUGUGGGGUCAGGGAGAGGCUUUUAUGGAGCUCGUGGACUUUGGGCAUUGGCUGUCUCUCUUUUUGUGAACCUACUGUCCUGCCAUCUCUUUUUCAGGCCAUAUUUCAAAGUUCUUAGGCAGGCUGCUUGGCAGCUCAGUUUUCUUCUCUGCCUUCCAUCUGGCCCAAUUCAGGGGCUGCAUUUGCUUCCUCUUUCCUCCAGGCCUGUUCUUCCCAUUGGGCUCACCCACAGUCCACCUGGACUUUGUGGUUUCUCUGUCAUGUCUUCUUCAAUGGGGGCCCCUCCUCAUUCAUCCCUACACCUGCCCUGAGCGAGGAUGUAGAUCAACCAGGAUCACAGCGACAGAAAUCACAGCAGAAAGAUAGGAGCUGUGAUUUUUCUCAUUAUAGAAGGGGAAACACAAGCCCAGGUUCACCUAAUAUAGUGACAAAAGGAAAAAGGGGAUCUCUCUCUCUCCCUGUCUCUCUCCUUUUAUGUCCCUAUCACUACACAAGGGCAAGCCCGCCCUAGGGCCCCAGCCCACAGGUCUCCACGUCUUUUCCCUGGUAACCUUUCUGGCCACUGUACUUGAGGGAAGCAAGCUCAGAGCCUUGACCCACGGCCUCCCGCUCCAGCCUGGCCAGAGAGGAAACUUCUCAGCCCAUAGGGACAGAACACCAGCUUGCCUGAUGGGCCAGGUUAGCCGGUCAGUGCUGUGUCUGGGGGCCGCGAGGCUCAGCAAGGGGGCUCCCUGUUGGUUCCCAUCAGGCCUUGCCAGGGAGACUUUGGCUC